GCGAUAUCUUGGUGAAUGAAACAAUUUCAUGACACAUCACCUUGUUCUUUCCCCCUCAGGACGUCCGGAUGGAAUUGUGACAGGAGAAUGUUCCGCAAGGGGAAGAAACGACACAGCAGCAGCAGUUCUCAGAGCAGUGAGAUCAGUACGAAGAGCAAGUCUGUAGAUUCCAGUCUUGGAGGCCUUUCCAGAUCCAGCACAGUGGCUAGCCUGGACACAGAUUCUACCAAAAGCUUUGGACAAGCCACUGGAAACUCUGAUCCGUGUGCCGAGUUCAGGGUGAAGUAUGUGGGAUCCAUUGAGAGAGUACAGCCUGAGGAGAACAAACCUCUACAGGGACCUCUGGAUCUGAUCAAUUACAUUGAUGUUGCACAGCAAGAUGGAAAACUUCCCUUUGUGGCCCCGGAUGAAGACUUCAUCAUGGUCGUCUCAAAAUAUGGUAUUAAAGUAACUACCUCUGAUCUGUAUGAUGUGUUACACAGGCACCCCCUGUAUCUCAUUGUGUCCAUGGUGUGCUAUGAUGACGGACUGGUGGCAGGAAAGAGCUUGUUAGCUCUGAAGACCAAAGGUGCCAGCGAGGAGCAGUACAGCCUGUGGGUGUAUCAGUGCAGUACUCUGGAACACGCACAGGCUAUCUGUAAGGUUCUCUCCACAGCCUUUGACUCUGUUCUCACUGAAAAGACUCGAGUGCCUGCAGAAUAAUCACCCCGCAACACUGGUGACAACAAUUGUGCCUUCUGUUCAAAGACGCCUUCC